AUGAGUUCUUCUCAACAGCAAGAACAACAAGAGGAGGAACACAAAGUGACUCCGGAGUUUCCGAAAGGCGAGGAGUACCCAUCUGGAAGAGGGGAGGAUGCGACGACGACGACGCAAUCGUCGUUUGCCGCGUGGGAGUUUGCCCAAGGGCCUUUCCACGGGAAGAAAGGGUUUUUGGUGACUUCGUUGGCUCCCGGGAGCGUUAUCCACGCGGCGAAAGAGGCUGCAAAAGUGCUCAACGAUACGUACUUUUCAAUGUCGUACAACGCGCAUCGCAUCCAAGGCGAGAGACCGUUUAAAGAGGCGGUUCCGAUGUACAUCGAUCAGUGCGAUUCGGCGCUCUUCGUCGCGUUAAAACCGGACGACACGGACGCGAACCCGGCGCUUCUCGCGAAAGCCAUCUUGGAAGAAGCCGCGGAAGGCACGUGGGCGAAACUGGAGCACGUUUGUCGAAUCAUUCCCGUUGAAAACUGCGCCGAUAGCGCGGAAUUCGAAAAACUCGCGGACGAAGUCGUGCCUCUCCACUUUCCGAAAAAAGAAGUUCCGGAUCCCGAGAAAAGAAAAACCUUCGAAGUGCGCUUCGAGCAACACUGCCCAGCCGAGGGUAAACACGACGAAGCGCGAUCCAAGAAAAUCGUCGAACUGUUCGCGGCUCGCGUUCCCGAAGAAACGUACAAAGUCAAUCUCUCCAACCCGCAAUCGACCGUUCUCGUCGUCGAGUGCGGCAAAACCUUCUUCUGCGGCGUCGUCGACGAUUACGAAGGUAAAAUGAAAAAGUGCAACGUGAGAGAGUUUAAAAAGGCGGAAAAAGAACACCACCACGAAGCAGCAGCAGCUAAAGAGACUUAA